AUGGUUUGUUCAAUAAAGUUCACGAGCUCAUUCUCUAGUUCCAACAAGCUUCAUGAGUUUAUCAGCUCUAACACCACAACAAAGGAGAUCAUAGAUCCGUACCAUACAGCUUCUGGUGUUGAUGUUUGGAGCGCUCACUGUGAAGAAUGCAACAAACCGAGAGGAAAACUGUUGGAUACAAGUAGAAAUCUCCGACCUCAGAUUAACCAGAAGGCUUUUGUUGAAAAGCUGUCGGAUUAUAGUUAA